AUGGCGAAGAUGGCGAGCGUCCUCGACGAGUACUGCCUCUCGGCCAUCGGCAAAUCGGUGGCCCAGGCCUACCUGCGCAAGCUGCGCGACGACGACAUGGAGCGCGUGCGCCACUGGUGGCUGCGCAAGCUCAACGGCCGCGAGUGCGUGCCGCCCGCGUCCGCGGCGCCCGCGCAGCGCGGGUGCCCCGAGCUCCUCGAGGGCCUCCGCGCGGCGCCCGUCUGGUGGCGCGGCGCGGCCGAGGGCGACGCGGCGCCGCCGGAGGAGCUCGCGUGGCUCCGCGACGUCGAGGCGCGCGUGCCCGAGAUGCGCGCGGAGCUCCUCGCGCUCCGGGGGCAGCGAGGGUUCCAGCCGUACCGGUCGCCGAAGGCCGGCGGCGACCGCGGCGACGACCUCGGCAAGAAGAGCACGGACGCGGGCGACUGGAACGUCUACUACCUGGAGCUCCACAACAUGGACUUCGCGGAGAACCGCGCGCGCUGCCCCGUCACGUGCGACGUGCCCCGGCGCUACGGCCACGCGUUCUUCAGUGCCAACGCGCCGAAGACGCACAUCACGGCCCACAACGGCCCCACGGCCAAGAAGCUGCGCUGCCACCUGCCGCUGGUCUGCCCCGCGGACCCGCCGGGCGCCUGCCGGCUCCGCGUCGCGGACGAAUUCGUGUCUUUAGCCGAGGGCCGCGCCGUCGUCUUCGACGACUCCUUCAACCACGAGGCCUGGAACGACCACGCGAGCGCCGGCCGCAUCGUGCUCAUCUUCGACGUCUGGCACCCGGACCUGUCGCCCAAGGAGGUGAAGCUCCUGUCCUUCCUCCAGACCGCGGCGAUGAAGCGCGACAAGCGCAUCUGCGACGCGCAGGGCGUCGACGCGGACAACUUCUACGCCGUCAUCGACAAGGCCCGGGCCGCGACGCCGGACGCGGCGAGCAUCUGGGCGUGA